UUGUGGCCCCGGAAGUAUUUCUCCGUUACUCACAGUUCGGUUGGUGGUGGCCCCUACACUGUGUGUCUACAGACGGUUUCUUUUUCUGCCCCCGCUUUCACGCUCUCGUUUCACGUGUUACCAUGUCCCGAGGCUCCAGUGCCGGCUUUGACCGGCAUAUCACUAUUUUCUCGCCUGAGGGGCGCCUCUACCAAGUAGAGUAUGCAUUUAAGGCCAUAAACCAGGGUGGACUUACUUCAGUAGCUGUUCGUGGAAAGGACUGUGCAGUUGUUGUUACACAGAAGAAAGUACCUGACAAGCUACUGGAUUCCAGCACAGUAACUCACUUAUUCAGAAUAACUGAAAAUAUUGGAUGUGUAAUGACAGGCAUGACAGCGGACAGCAGGUCCCAGGUGCAGAGAGCCCGCUAUGAGGCUGCAAACUGGAAAUACAAGUACAACUAUGAUAUUCCAGUGGAUAUGUUAUGUAAAAGGAUUGCAGACAUUUCUCAAGUCUACACGCAGAAUGCUGAAAUGAGGCCUCUUGGUUGCUGCAUGAUUUUGAUUGGCAUUGACGAAGAGAACAAUCCUCAGGUGUAUAAGUGUGAUCCAGCAGGAUACUACUGCGGGUUUAAGGCUACAGCUGCAGGAGUCAAACAGACAGAAUCCACUAGCUUUCUGGAGAAGAAAGUGAAGAAAAAACUGGACUGGACAUUUGAACAGACAGUGGAGACAGCGAUAACUUGCCUCUCUACCGUAUUGUCCAUUGACUUCAAACCUUCUGAAAUAGAAGUAGGAGUCGUCACAGUUGAAAAUCCAAAAUUCAGGAUCCUUACAGAAGCAGAGAUUGAUACACACCUUGUUGCUCUAGCAGAGAGAGAUUAGCACUAUUUAGAAUUCCUGAUUCCAUGAUUUCAGGCUAGAAUGUUUGGUGAAAACGAACUUGGUUGAUGGCUGCAAAUGAAAUUCUCAUUAUCUGAUGUAUGUUACUCUGUGCAAAUAAAACGGAGGUUUUGGAAAA